GAAUCUACAGAGUACAGAGCAAAGAAGGGAAUUCACAGCAGUCUGCUUGCACAAUGAGACAACGUGUGAACACGAGAACGCCUAAGUAUACAUGCGUUCUUUUCACAAAUUUUGUGCACGUCCUUUCAUUUUCGUGGGUCUGCGAUUGCGCACGGCGAAAGAGGCUUCGUGUGGACAUACCUCUACGUCGAUAUAAUCUCAACUGUGUGAUAUUUGUAUGAGAACCGUUUUGAAAUUUGUUGUAGUAGUGAUUGGUAAACAUUCAUGUUAUUGCUUUUGCGUCUCAAUCAAGUUUCUCAUCCGUCGUAAUAAUAAUCCACAGUACUCGUGAAUAGUGCAUCUGCAAAAAGUAAAAGCGAGAGGCAAUCACGAAAGGAUUCAGUGUACUGUCAAAGCAUUGUUCCUGUGCUUUCUGUCAAACGCUCAGGUUGAAGCAACAGCGACAUUUGUGUUCAUGGCGCUGCUUUGAUCAUCCGAAAGUAGGUUUUUUCGCACUUAGCACACGAGGGGCGUAUGGGCUAUUAAAACUAAGUAUGUGUCACUGCAGCUGAAUGUCGUGACUGGGUAGAAAACUAAUGCACACAAGAAGGUAAGGAAUGGGAAAUAUACAAAGCGGCCGGUUAGUGUGGGAUUCUUUGUUGUGUUCAAAGGUGUGCCCUGAUACAAUGCUGCUUCAGGACUUCCCUGAUGAAAUACUGCUUGAAAUUUUCUCACGACUUCCAGUUAAAGAUAUAGCUACAUGUGCUCUUUAUGUUUGUAAACGCUGGAAAGCCGUGUGUAGGAGUUCAGCCCUCUGGAAAGGGCGAGAAUAUCGGUUAACAGACAAAAAAAGGAAAUGUGAGAUUGUGGAAGUAGCCAAACUUAUUCCACACCUGACAACACUUUUUGUAGGGACAGGUACAAAAUUCUGUGUUUGGUUUACUGGUUGCAAUGUGCUUCUUUCAUCAGGUGUUGAUUUUGAAAUAAUUAGGGAUUUAGUUUGGAGUUGUAAUAUUAGUAACAUAACAGUUCCAAGAGGUCUCUUCAGUCCUGAUUUGUUUCCAAAGCUGCUUGAUGAUGAUAAGAAACUCAGAUAUUUAACUGUGAAACAUGAUCCAAUGAUGUAUAACACUCCAGGUGAAACUCUACCACUUUUACUAAGACAGGGGUCACUGUCAGAGUUGAAAAUACUUCACAUACAUGGUGCCCGAAGUAUUACUGUUGACACUGUCCUUCAGUUGUGCCAGCACUGUCCCCAUCUUGAAGAACUGGCGUUACAUGAAUUAAGUCAGGCCUCAGACCAUGUGUUACAGAAUUUACAACUGUGCCCUAAACUUCGCUUACUGGAAAUCACACAGUCUAACUCACUUCGUGAUCUUUCAUUUUUAAAAUCUUGUCCAAACCUGUUGGAAUUGGAUCUUACUAUGUGCUACUCUUUACAGCCCUCCUCUUUUCAGCAUUUGCUACACCUGAAAAAGUUGAAAUGGUUUCAUAUGAGGCACUGUAGAGCAAUUGGUUUACCACUUGCUGCCAUGGCUGAAUAUCUUGUUCACUUAAAGAUUAUUGACUUGUUUUAUUCUGCUGGUUUUAGUGAAAAUGAACUGAAAAAACUACAGAUGAUAGCUCCACACAUAAUUGUGUUACAGGGGCCUUUUGACCAUAGGUAGCUUCACAUAUAAUUGUUACAAGAGUCUUUUGGUCCAAUGUUUGAAAAUACAAUUAAUUGUAUCCUUCAUAAAUGUCAGUACCUGUGCUAAUGAUCUGCUAAAAAGUUGUCAUGUAACUUGUAAA